AUGAAGUUAAGGUUGCAGACGCUCUCGCCAUGGAUGGUGAUAGUAGCGAGUGGUUUGUUUAUAGGCGCGACCGCACGAGACUGCGUCUUUACCGACCCCAUCGACACCGAGUUCUACAGCACCCACGAUGCACUCUCCGCACUCGAUGGCUGCACCACGAUCGUGGCAGAGACUAUCGAGCUCAGUGCACUUUAUGAUGAUCUCCAUCUACCAGAUGUGCGCAACAUCACGGGGUCAAUCAACGUAGCGCGCCGGACUACGAGCUGGAGAUCAUCUGGGGGAUACCCGAUUUUGUCGACGAUCGACCUGCCAAACCUAGAGCACCUCGGUGCCCUAGACGUCCGGAAUGCCACGGCCAUGCGGAAUAUCAGCAUGCCCAGGCUCAAAGACGUUGGGAGCAUCUACGUCCAGGGCUCGUUGUCCGACCUGAGUUUGGAUUUUCGGUCCCUGGAGCGUGUCCCUGCGAUCGGGGUUAGUGGGAGGCUUGAAGCGCUAAACUUUGACUCCCUGCGGACAGUCGACAAUGACCUGAGCAUUGAUAGCUGCGGUGCCUGUGGGAGAUGGGAUUUGGGGCGGGAGCAAGAGACCAGCAUAGCGCUCUUGUUCCCUAGCCUUGUCUCCGUCGGAUACCUCAAGGUCUCUGGAUAUCUCAACUCUAUUAAUGUCGCGAACCUCGUCUCCGCGGGACCGCCUCUCGACCCAGGCGACAGCCAGCUAUCGACAGACUCCGGAGCACGCCUCCAUCUCACACAAGCAAAUGAGACGUUAAGUCUGAACUUGACGAACCUCGCCGCCGUCGAUAAGCAGCUUUAUAUAUGGGGAGAGGUGGGAAGCCUCAAGAUGCCAGCGUUGAAAACCACAAACGCAACGAUCCACAUCGACGCCUCAGCACCACUAAAUAUAAGCUUGCCGCUCGAGUCCGCCGAGUCUAUCGAUCUGCGCGGACGCAUCACCGGCGUGCACCUCCCCGACCUCUCCACAGACACAAGCAUAACCCUCUCCUCAAUUUACGAAUGCGAAGAAGACGAGCACUCUUCUCUCACCAACGUAACCUGCCACAUCCCGUCAACUGGCCUCUCCAAAGCCGCAAAAAUAGGCAUGGGUGUGGGCAUUGCAGCCGGCGUGGUGCUCAUCGUCCUCGCCGGCUUCUUCUGCUUAAAACGCUCUAGGAAGAGGAAGGCAGAUAGUAGGGAGAUAGUCGACUUACCGGCUUACGGGACGGGCUCUGCGGUGCCCCUGCAGCCGGGCGGGAGGCCGGAGACGCCGCCGCCGCCUUACUCGGCUGGGCCGACGUAG